GGAGGGUGACUUCCGCGGAUUUCUACGUGAGACGUAGCCUGUACCGCUUGUGUUUUGUCGCUUAGUGGAGGGUGACUUCCGCGGAUUUCUACGUGGGACACUGCCUGCACCGCGUGGGUUUUGUCGCUCAGUGGAGGGUGACUUCCGCGGAUUUCUACGUGGGACUGGGGUCUGAUAGGGCGGCACGUCAGAGCACAGAGUGAGGCUCGCAGAGGGAGGAGGAUCGGGGCAGUGAGUGGCGUUCUUCCUUCCGUGCACGCGUCAAUUGGGAGAUAUUUAGAACUUUGCGUGUGUUUUUUUUUGCACACGAGGCCACUGGUAGUAACUACAACAUCGAGGUACACGCUGUGCACCCACACGUACUCACACACAGAGUGGCACGGGGAGGUGAAGACGUGAAGGCGUACAAAGGAAUCGCCGAGGGGGGGGGGGAGUGUGGUUUGCCAACACAUGCAAGAGCUUCACCGUAGAUAGGGAAAGGCAGACACGAGAGAGGGGUAUACAGAGGGACACAUACGUAUAUACACACACACAUACGCGGAGAGAUAAUUGUGCAGGGGCUUGAUACACGAGUGGGUGAAGGUCGGCGUACAAAGGGAGACGCCAAAAUCGCAGGGAAAACGCCCAUCCCUGCAGGGGCUCCCGAACUCCACCGCGAGAAAAGAGCGGCGUCCAAGGCGGUGAGGCUGUGACUUCCCCCCUCCCACGUGGUACCAGACCCCAGACCAUGUCAGCACCUCCCGCGAGCGAGACGGGCUCGUCGCCCCGCCGUGCCCCGCACAGCCCCACGGGGCCUGGGGACGUCCCCACCUCGCUCUCCUCCAUCUCGCCACUCUCCCCGAAGAGAGACUUCCUGCUGCCCAGCCCACUGCCCACGCGCCGAUCUCGCACGUACUCCGCAGCGGCGAGAGCGGCAGCCGGCCCGUCGUACCGGGGAGUCUGUAAAUUCUUUUGCCGCUCCAAAGGUCACGGCUUCAUCACCCCCGAGGGGGGCGGCGCCGACAUCUAUGUGCACAUCUCAGAUGUGGAGGGCGAGUAUGUGCCGGUGGAGGGCGACGAAGUGUGCUACAAGCUAUGCUGCAUCCCACCCAAGAUGGAGAAGCAUCAGGCAGUUGAAGUCAGCAUCAUUCACCUGGCACCGGGGUCCAAGCACGAGACCUGGUCUGGCCACCCCAUCUAGGACCCAGGGCACCUGGGCCUUCCAUCCUCAUCUCUACCACCAGCCAGCCGCACCAGCCAGCCUUGCCUGCCUCUGCCCACACUAAACACAUGACUGUGGGGACACUCACUCCUAGUCCGUUGGAUGGUUGCAUAACACAUGAAGGUAGCAUUUCUCUUAGUUUACACGGAUUUAGAUAGGAAACUUAGGGCUCAUGAGUUGAUUUAUGCAGCCAGCCAUAGGUCCCCCGAGUAAAAUAAAUGGCAGUGAGUUAUUCGUCUGAAACCGGCUCUACACACUCAAGCAUUCCUGGCCUCUAUCCCCAUGACUUCUAGUUUAAAUCUGCUUUUUCUUAUUUUCAAAGUAUAAUUCACAUUAAGUAAGUGUCAAAUAUUUAAUUUCUAAUAAAUCAAAAGGUUGCUUUGAGUUGGUACACAUUUCAAAAAUUCCAUUAGAAAUGCCAUGCAAUUGUUUGAAAAAUGUAAUAUCCCAAAUUCAGUUGAACUCCAAUUAAAACCCUCUAUCAUUGGUUCAUUUAUAUAUUAACAUUCCUUACAUUUUUUUUUAUUUUAAGUCCACUGAUCUCCCACCAAUUCUAUCAACAUUAAUAUCUGACACAAGUCCCAGAAACUGGAAGCCCCCCAAAGCUUCAUCAUAAUUCUGAGAAACUGCAAUUGUAGAAAUUUCAUCUGUAAUACUUAUAUAUCACCCACUGUCAUUUAUGGCUGAAACAACACUUCUUAUCCACCCAUCUUCACCCUUUGGCCUCUGCUAUUCCCCUAGACUUUCAGCCGGCUCCUGCCAAACAGUGCACAUUUAAUACAGUUAAUCAGGAACUUCACUACAGUUGCGGACACAACCAUGUGUUUAAGUGUAUUGCUGCUUUAGCACAGGUCUCUAUUAAAUGCUUAAUUGCUGGAGCUCAUAAACCAGCUAGUGAGAGUCAAAAUAAGGCCAUUUUUCUUGUCAGGGACCAUGCCUAUAUAAUGGGGAAUGACAUUGUCUUAGUUCAAAUGCCGUAACACAUGCUUAUGUUGGCAAUAUCUGACAAUGCUUUAUGUAUCAUAUGCAAAGUGGCAUUAAAGAGCAAACAGCACAGAUGAUGUCUGGUCGUGUAGAUGCGCGUAUAUCACCCAGACAUCAUAGCGUCACUCAAUCGCUUAUUAGAAUUACCUCCAUAUUGAGCAGAUAUUUUUUGCGGAAUCAGGAAAUGUACCUCACCUUUUUGAGUGCAUUAUAUAAUUAGGCCAUCACAAUUUUGGAUAUGGUUAAGUUUAUUAGGAUGCAUAGCGUUGGACAUGCACGUAUGCACCAGUACACACACUUGCAUGCACAUGUAUGUAUGAAUGCGUUUGCUUUUUAAUAGUUUCAUUUUGUUAUGAACGGCUGCUGUGAAUUCUGCAGAAUAGGAUAACGUUCAUUGAAGUUCUGCAUCAAGGCUGGUAUUCAGAGGUGGCUAAGUGAAGCUUAAGGUGUGUUGGAGCAGUCGGUCAACAUCACUGGGUUUGAAUUCCAGUUUCCAACCUGCCCGAAGGGUGAACCCUUUUGAAGAUUUUUGUGAUUGUUCUAUAUAGCUCUCUGAUGUGUUUUCGGGUUGUACCAUGUGGUGUUUGGCACGACGUCCGAUGAUUUGCUGUACAUGCUGGGAGCUUCUCUUAGAGCUUCUAUUCUUGAAGAAACUCUCAGUACGUGGAGUACAACUUAAGAUGGCAUAACACAGUACGCCGUUCAAGCCGAAACACAGAACCAACUUCAGACGUUGGUUCCAUCCAACCACCAAUAACUGCACAAAAAUUACGUGAUUUAAAUGUGCGUAAUUAAAUGUUUUGCCCAACCCAGAGAGUUGUAAAAUACGUAAACUUGCAUUGAAUGACAAAGGGAACCACUCGCAGAGUGUGCGAUUGCGUUGCCACAGGUUGUGGCAAGAGGAGCUUGUUGAAGAGACAUCGUAAGUUCUAAAGUUAAUGAAAAAAACCUGUGGCCAAACAAUAAAUUAUCAACCUUGUAAUGUUACUUGAUUAAUAACUUUCUGCCAUUUCAUGACCAGUGGAAAGGGUGUUGACUUCCAGAUGGCAUUCUGACUUGGUCCAUGCUCCCACGGAAGUCUUACUAGAGCAAAUGUUCACUGAAGAGAGUUUGAUAAUAGGACUAGGUAGAUAGAUUUAUGACCUCGGUUUCAUAUUGGAGCAACAGGCUCUUGAAUGAGCAAUCAGUCGUGACGUUGCUGUGAUGAUGCAGGAAUGGGAAGUACUGUCGGUGAGGUCGUAUACAAUGAAAUCCGCAUUCGUCUUUGGAUUAAAAAAAAAAUUGAAGAUUAAAUGAAUUAUAGAUUUUAGAUUACAGUAGCCUAACCUAACUGAAAAAUGCAUUAAAUAUAAAAAAUAUAUUUUACAUGUUUAAGAUCACUUCCUGAGCACCGUUCUCUGCCAGUGGAGGGCAGACAGGAGGAGGUGGCAGGGGACAGUGGGAGGGACUAAGCCCACAGCCUUGUGGCUCAUGGGGAUGGAUGUGGGUCGUGGUACCGAUCUUGGAAUGUAAUAGGGAUGUAACCGGCUGUUCCUGGUCUCCCGAGCCUCCUUGCCAGUGGUCAUGAAAAUGUUGCAUUUGCCUUCCUUAUUAUACCACUUUCUCGCAACAGACAUUACUAAGAUUAACAUAAAGAUGUGGGUGCGAUUGGCAGCCUAGACUGGCGAGUUUGGGUUUGUUACAGAGUUCUGUAUUCAGAUUUCUACAAAUGGCACGUAAAACACGCAAGGUAAUUACAAACAACUAAACAUGGGUUAAUAAAUGGCAUGGAUUUCAUAAUCUUUAGAUAUGUGCUUUUAAUUGAAUAUGCUUUGUUGUGGCAUCAAUCUUUAUAUAGUAUGUCGGACCAUGGACUUUUCCAUUCCCUCUAUAGUUCUGUCAUGUUCUGCCCACAGCUACUACUACUAAAAACCAUGGUGUCUAGCUAGUUUUCUCUCCGUUUAUUUUAUGCUUAAGAUGGAAGAAAUUUGAGGAUGCAAUAACAAGUGCUUUAUUAGUCAAAACAUGAGUUAAAUAUGUUUUCGGGGUUUUACAGAAAUGGAAUUACAGCCCUCAAAAGUGAAGCAAUUGAAGGUUUCCUACGCAAGUAUGAAACAGUUCCAUCUGUUUAUAGGCAUGUGUUGGAAACUCCAUAUUCCUAUGGCAUGGACAGGUUGGUCCUUUGGACAACCACUGGUGAAUUCACACGGGGGGCAUCAAGGUUAUUGACCUUGCAGUGAUGAAAGAAAGGCUGAGUUGACCUCUGGAAUUAUAUCUUGCAACUUCAUGUUUGUGCUACCCAGCUGAUCAGUACAGCGCCAAGUUCAUCAUUUGGAUUGAGUCCAUUCUGAAUGAGUUACUUAUUCUUUUGGGAUGGUUUAGUUCAUCUUCAUUACGAAGCCAUUGCACAGACACGUGCGUGUAUGAGAACAGUGGUUGCUUUUCCGACCUUUGGACCUGGAUUUGUAUGAGGCCUUCCUGUGAAUAAUCGUCAACAGGGUGAUUACAACCAAAUGAAACCACAGAUUAGACAACAAAAAGUAAAAUUUGCAUUGUAGUGAAAUAUUUGUCAUGAGUAUAGUGAUGAGAGGUCAGUGUCCUCACACUCCGAAUGAACACUAAGAGUUUCUCAUCUCUCGAGGCUCCAGAACCAAUUCUUGAAAAUACAUAUCACUGGCAGGGAGCAGUCUAAGUAACACAACAGCCUAUUGUUGGGCUUAUACCAAAUAGAGCUGUCUCAACAGGUAGUGCUCAUUUUACUGACCCCAAAGGAAAUAUGGUGGUGGUAGAAGUCUUGACCCUGUGUUGACCCUGUUUUGGAUGUGAAUUAUUUGCAAUUAUGAGCCCAUAAUUAGAAGCGACGCCCACUGAGCUUUCCCUGUGCUAAUGGAAAGUGGCACCAGUGGCACUUUUCUUGGGGAGAGGGGAGCGAUAUGGAGGAGGGCAAUGCCGUAUAAUUACAUUUGAAAUAAAAGGGUUGACGAGACUUACUAAGGUGACAAAGUGCCUGUAAAAGUGUUCUCAUUAGGGAUUCUUUAAAUAUCCUGGGUUGAUUUUGUGCUCAUCACACCAAUCUGCACAGUGUCUGUUUCAGAUUUUGUCAAAAGCAUCAGAGACCACUUCUAGUCCAUGGGCCGGAACAUAAUUUGGUAACACUUUUAAGUGGCAAAUAUUUAGUGAUAACUGUUUCUGUAAAUGGCUUAUCUGAUUACGUACUUACUAUACGGUCGUUCAAUAAUUUACUUUUAUUUGCGAUUAAAAGAUCAUGGUGCAACAUACGCGUUUCAUUUUCAGGUGGUACCGACGAGUAAAAUUUUGACCUUGGCUCAUUGACUAUUAGUCCAGAGCAAUCAUAACGUCUACUCCACAACUGAAAAACGAGUUAGAAUUACUGUGUCAUAGGGGGAAAUCCCAUAGUGCAUUGUAUGUGGGCACGUGUAUUCACAACAGCCUGAUUAGUGGAGCAGAAAACAGUCGUUGAAAUGAUGAUACAAGCAUAACAUUUGAUCGCCUUCUAAUCAAAGAUGGUCACCAUUUUGUCAAGAUGCCCACCUGUUUUCCAAUUUUUUAUGUCCCUUAGCAGUGCUCUUCUGUCGUAUUGGUCUUUGUAUCUAUGUUUGUGAGCUCAUAAAAAAAUGGAUGCCGCUUAGAUGCAAAAAAAAUAUGGAGUUUUAUUUUGAAGCUUUGAGUUGCGCCGUUUGAAACCCACAAGCGUGUGAAAAACUCAAAAGGAAGCCUUUGAGAAAUCACGAUGUGCAGCCCAACCACCUGCAGACUCAGCAGGUGAGCAUCUCACACAGUUUGUCAUGGGUCUUCAAGUGAGAACGAAUGAUUCAGAAUUAAUCCCUCUGAGUAACAAUCCAGAGUACAGUAUUGGUGACAUUUAAUUCCUGUAAUCAUUACAUAAUUGUUUAACAUUUGACAUGUCUGACAGUUGUUUUAAAAUUAACAUUGUUCCUUUCUGAUCAGCUGCUACAUUUUAAAUUACACAUUUUUAUCUGUUGAGUUUCCUCCAGUUAAUUUCCUGUGCAGUCUUGUCAAUAUAAACAAAGCAUUCAGGGACCUGCGUUGACAUGUUUAGUCAAUUUAUUUUCGAGGAUUUUGUAUGUAGGAGAAAACGGAGGUUACUAGAGAAAACCCAUACAUAUAUUUGGAUAACACUAACGUUUUGAACCCACUUGCUGUACUGUUACCGCCUGACCUCUGCACAGGUAGACAGGAGAUGGCAGCUGUGUGAAUUUGGGAGCCUUGCAGCACGUAAUAUCUGCAUGACCCAAUAAGUCUGCCUUUAAAUAGCUAUGUUAUAGGCACACGCCUCCACAAGCUUUUGUUUUCAUCAACGAAAUGUGUACCAGCUGUAACGCUGUUUAGUGACAUUGAGACAGCCAAACAGAUACUGUUCAGGCUGACACUGAGGCCGAUAAAGGGAAUGUGGCACUAGUAAACUGUUGCCACAGACCGGGGAUAGGGGUCUUGAUUUGCUUUUAUGACACAUUGUUUAAUGAAUCGCUGACGUGUGUUGUGCAUUCAUUAUUAAAAACUCAAAAUUAA